AUGGUUAUCAACAUGCAGACGGGGCUGACUACCAGACUCCUCCUCCUUGCCAUCCUGCCGCUUGUGGUACUCUCCGAUACCAAGCACGGCUCUACUGACUCGGAAGAACUGAAACCUUUGGGUCCUCAGGGUCCAGUCGUGGUCAUUAUCGGUGCUGGAAUCUCUGGUAUUGCAGCAGCAGAGAAGCUGCACAAACAUGGCUUCCAAAAUAUAAAAGUCCUAGAGGCUACUGGGAGAACUGGAGGCCGGAUCCGUACAGAGCGUUUCGCAAAAGGCCUGGUUGAGAUUGGCGCACAAUCGAUUCAUGGAUCAUCUCCAGGCAACCCGGUCUUCCAGCUGGCAUCUCAGUUUGGACUUUUAGGUCCAGAUGCCUUGCUUGAGGAGAAUCAAAAAAGUAACUGGGAUGGCAAUCCCCCUUUCAUCCCAAUUAUCUACAGUAGUUCAGGAAGAAAGAUUGACCCAGAAGUGUUGACCAACAUUACAGAUUUGUUUAACACAUGGCUGGCACAAACCCGGAAUUUCACCAAUGAUGAUUGUGAUCCUGAAGCUAGUGUUGGGAAAUUUAUCAGAGAAAAGAUUGUCCACAGCUCACAAGAAUGGAAGAAAGAAGAAGUUGAAAUAAAUAUGGCUUUCUUGAGGGUGUUGCUUAAUAUGGAAUGCUGUUCAAAUGCAGCCCAUAGUAUGGACCAGGUGGCACUCUGCCCUUUUGGGGAAUAUACAAUGCUUCCAGGACUUGAUUGCACCUUUCCUAAAGGAUUUGAAAGUCUUGUGAACCACAUGAAGGCACCACUUCCAAGUGGCACUGUAUUACUGAACAAAGCAGUAAAGAGCAUUCACUGGAAUGGAGCCUUUCCUGGCAGCAGCUCUCAUGUAUAUCCUGUGCAAGUGCAGUGUGAAGAUGGUGACAGCUUUGUGGCAGAUCACGUCAUUGUCACUGUUCCUCUAGGAUUUCUGAAGAAACGAUCAGUGGAUUUCUUCAGCCCUCCUCUUCCACCAAGCAAAAUGCAGGCUAUUAAGAAUUUGGGAUUUGGAACCAAUAAUAAAAUUCUGUUGGAAUUUGAAAAACCCUUUUGGGACUCAAACACUACUGUGAUCCAGAUCGUGUGGGAAGGUGAAUCUCCUCUUACUGAACCAAAGGAAGACCUAAAGCAAAAUUGGAUGAAAAAAAUUUCGGGAUUUGUUGUCCUGGAGCCACCUGGACAGAUGGGGCAUGUGCUCGCUGCAUUCAUUGCUGGAGAGCAGUCUGAAUAUAUGGAAACACUAACAGAUGAAGAAAUUUUCUCAGCAAUGACUGAUCUUUUCAGAAAAUGUACAGGGAAUCUUGAACUGCCUCCACCAAUCAGCAUGGUGCGUUCUCAGUGGCAUAGCCAGCCAUACACUGGUGGCUCUUACAGUUACGUAGCAGUGGGCAGCUCUGGCAUUGAUGUGGACAAUCUAGCAGAACCACUACCCACAGACAAAGAAGUUCUCAAGCCGUUGCAGGUUCUUUUUGCUGGAGAAGCCACAGAAAGAAACUUCUAUUCGACAACACAUGGAGCUCUUAUGUCUGGUUGGAGGGAAGCACAGCACUUGAUUGACAGAUAUAUAGAUCUUGGGGCCAAUGUUAGCAAAGCUAAGCUCUAAAGAUAUACUCAUCAGUAAAACUGCUGGUUUCACAUGAGCGAGUUCAACGCAUUCAACUUAUGUCUGCGGAAGCUACUGUACUGACCUCCAUAGCACUGAAGAGGUAGCAUAGCAUUAUAUUGAUUUAUGAUGCUAUGUAACCCUUAGGGGGUCAUUAAUUAAUACUGGUGUUUUAAAUGGCGGUCUUAAUAACCCCUAUAUCUGGCGGUGGACCUGCCAAAGUUAUAAAGAGGCACAGGCUAAAACAGAUGUGGAAAAUGAUGAAUGAGAAUGGUCUGCCAGCCCAUCCCCUUCCCCGCCCACGCCAUGCCCACUUUCUUAGACCUGGUGUGAGAGGGGAAAAGUCACAGAUUGCAGCGCAACUAAUUGUUCAGAAAGCGCCACAGGAUGCAAAACGUCCGUAGGCUGGCUGCAUCUGCUAAGUAUUACUCCCUGCAUCGUGCAUUUUGUUUAAUAAAGUGGACAUUAUACAACUUGGGUGAGUGCCAUGGAUUACAUCUAUUUUCUGGAUACUCAUAGCAUUAUGUCAGUGUUAUAGAAUACAUUCCAGAACUCUAAGGGGUAUAUGGCAUCAUAAAUCAAUAUAAUGUUAUGUGACCCCCGUCAGUGCUACGUAGGUCAGUACAGGAGCUUCCGCACACACACACUGCAAAUUCAAUGCGUUGAACUCACUCGUGUGAAACCAGCUAAUAUCUUUAUGAUUUACAGAUAAAAUAAUAAAAUAUAUAGUUCACUACAAUACUUAUACUAGGCAAUUUAAAGGGCUUAUCCCAUGAACAUUUAUUACGUAGCCACAGGAUAGAUCACAUAUGUAUGGUCUUUGGGGCCGUACCACAGGACCCCACAAUCACUAAAACGGGGGUCAUGAACUCCCAUUCUGGAGGCAGUUGAAUGAAGUGUUGUUCCAUGACACUCCAUUCAUUCUCACAGAGAUAGCUGUGAUCUUCCUUAGUCCUAUAGGCACUGUGCAUGCUUGACCACUCCUCCAUUUAGGCUAUGGCUACACUUUAACACUGGUGGCGGUCAGGAUCGCAGUGGUGAUCCCAUUGAAAAGAAUGUGACUUCAGUGCCAGUUGCAAAAAAUUUGUCAGAGUCGUGCUGUGAUAUUAUUCACUUCUAUGGAGUCACCACUAGCCUGCAAUCCUGGCUGUGACAGCUGUCAAGCGUGUAGCCCUAGCCUUAAACUACUGUGAAACAAGAGCUCAGGACUUCCCUCUAGUUAUCCGUAAGGGUGGGGGCCCCAAUGAUCAUACAUUUAUCCCCUAAAGUAUUCUGUGUGUAGGGGAUAAAGAAUGAAAAACAGACCAGAGGGCUGCACCUUAGUGCAAUAAUGUCUGGAGAACUGUCACAAAUGACAUUUAGUACGCUAGCCUGAAUCAGUUGUGCUAAAUAUUAGGCAUAACGCUAAUGUGAAACUUGGACAGUGAAGAUGUGCCUGCUGCGACAUGUCUUUGGUUGAUCUGUUGCACCUGUGAGUGGGGCCAGAGAUUAAUACUUGACCUACAUUCUUAGUCAGGAAUCCGCAUCUUCAAAGAGUAUGUCCGCUAUUCCAACAUGUUUGAUUAAAGGCCACAAGCAAAUGUGGUGCUGAACCUUCUUUAAUUUUAGUAGGCUACGUAUUUUACAAACCUUGAUGAUUGAUGUAAUUGUAUCAUGGCCUUAGGAAGGCAGAAUCUCAGUGACUAAAUAUGAAGCCUAUAAAAAAUAAAAGACUUUACACCAAAUCUGCAUGUGGUCUUUCAACAAGCAUGUUGUCUACUGGACUCUCAGUGGUUUGUAUGAUGGCACUCUUGCUUCUUGAGCAUGUGGAUUCCCAUGUGGGAUCAUUUUUCAUGAGUCAUGUGGAGAGGAGAUAAAUGUUGUUCCAAGGGAUAACCCAUUAAAUAAUUAUGCCCAUUUUACUGCUGGUAUUACAGAAAGAGAUUAUACCCAUUUGUCUGUGACCUUUGAUCACCAGCUUCAGAGGAGGUUUGCAUUAUAUAAUGCAAUGCUUUGUACAUUAUUAAAAAUGUUAAGACUU